AUGGCCAUUCAAAUCCCCAUCGGAACCCUUGACAUUCAAAUCACCGCCGAGCGCCUCACCCAAGAGGCAUUCCUCCCCUUCGGAGACGUCAUCUCCAACCCACGGCCCGACGUCCACCCCUCCUCAUUCGACGCUCACGCCUCGUCCCUCCCGCCCAACGCCUUCUCCGCCAACCAAGGCUCUGCAAUCCAGUACCGAAAUGUCAGCCGUCUCAAGAACCUCUACGACCAAGCACCCAGCGGCAAGGGCGAGCCCAUCAUGAGCGUGUUCGUCUGCGCAGCAAGAGGCGGCACCACCACCACCACCAACACUUCUUCAUCAUCAUCAUCUUCAUCUGCAGGAAACACAUUCACAGUACGCCACCUCGAGCGUCACCCCUUUACCGCGCAGACAUUCACCCCCAUCAAAUCCACCGCAUCAACCUACCUCGUCAUCGUCGCCCCCAGCCUCCCGCCCAGUCCCCGCGACAAAGACCUCCCCGUCCCCUCCGGCGGCGGCGGCGACGACCUACCCGGGAGAGGCCUUCCGGAUCUCGGGCGUCUCCGCGCCUUCAUCGCCACGGACAGCCAGGCCGUGACCUACGGCGCAGGGACCUGGCAUUCGCCCAUGGUGGUGCUGGGACAGGCCGGGACGAGGCUGGACUUUGUGGUGUCGCAAUUUGCGAGCGGCGUCGCCAUCGAGGACUGCCAGCUCCUGGAGUUUGUUUCAGAGGGCAGUGCUGAGCCGAGGAUUCGGGUCAAGAUUCCGCUUAGAGAUUGUCAUCUCACCUGCUUCGUCGAUUACGCAAAGAACAUUAUGGGAAGCACAAUGUAUUCCACCGACGCCCAAAACAAGCUCGAAGACCUCUCCGGCAUCGUCUUGAAGCCGGGCGAGAACCCCUACGAGGCCUUCAUCCAAGCAUGCGAUAACAAGCCGGAACUAAUCCAAGCCCUCUAUCACGCUCACCGCACCAAACGAAACGGCCUUCAGAAGGAAAAGUUCUUGUCCCCAGACUACAAGGAGCUCAUCAUCGACCAGUACCUCCUCCGCCUCGAAACUCCCAGCAUCGAGCCUGGCUUCCGCGAUGAGCGGAACUGCCUCGUGAUCUGGGCUCGUCCUCCGAACCACGUCAUUGAGCUGGCCGCCAAGAUCCAAACACUACUCCAACAAGCUUCGCCAAAAAUCUGGCUCAUGCCCACCCAUAGGAUGCAUCUGACAACCCUAGAGAUCGCCUUCUCCAAAACCCCCGAGGAAAUCGGAUUCCUCGUUUCCAUCCUCCGCCCAGCCGCCCCCUCCAUCGCCUCGUACACCCACACCCACCGCUCUCGUCUCGUCAAGCCCAUGGUCUCGUACGAUCUCUCCGCCUUCGCCCUCUCAUUCCUUCCCGCUUGCGGCGAGCCUCCUCUCUCUCCGGCCCCAGUCGCGCCCGACACGCCCGUGAAUGGGCCUGUUACGCAGGGAGACGACUACACGUAUCACCACCUUCGACGCGACGUCUUUGACAAGGUGAAGGAGGCUGGGCUGGAAGUCGGGUCGCGGUAUCAAGUUCCUAGUGCUCAUAUUACGUUGGGGAGAUAUCUGACCGACGAAGACCACGAUACUCCUGAGAAGAGGGAGAGGUGGGUCAAGGCAAUUGAUGACAUCAAUGCCUGGCUGGAGAAUGAGGUAUGGGACCAGAAGCAUGCUCAGUUCAUCGGUGAGUGGGUUGUUGGGCAGGAGAAGGGGCUGGAUGUGCGAAAUGGCGCGCUGUGGUACGGAGGUGGUCGUACCAUUGUGCUUGGUGAGGGCUUUUAG